CGGGGCGCGGCGGCGCUGUGCGGGCGCGGGGCCGCGGAGAGGCUCUCUCCGCCUGGCAGGGCCGGCCCGGGGGGCGGCGGGGGGGCACUGGCUGAUGAUCGGAAGUUACUGACAAUAAGCACCUUCAUCCCCCCAAAGGCGGAGAGAGAGAGAGGGAGAGGAGGAGGAGGAGGAGAGACAGGGGGAGAGGAGAGCUGAUGCCUAAGCGAGUCACUCGGAGGAGGCAAAGCGGGCGGUACCACAACUUCUCGGCGGCGCGGAGCGGCGCGGAACGGCGCGGAGCGGAGCGGAGCUCGCCGGCCGGAUCGCUCCCAUGUCAGGGCGGCGGUGGGGGACUGCACUCCGCUAGCGUGAAGCCACUGACCUGCCCCCUCUCCUCGCCCAGCGAUGUAUUCACUGCUCUCAGCCUGCACUUGCCUAUGUUUACAUUUCCUGCUGCUGUGCUUUCAGGUACAGAUGUUUGCUGCAGAGGAGAAUGUAGAUUUUCGGAUACACGUGGAGAACCAGACGCGAGCGAGGGAUGACGUGAGCAGGAAGCAGCUUCGGCUCUAUCAGCUCUACAGCAGGACAAGUGGGAAACACAUCCAAGUGCUCGGCAGGAGGAUCAGUGCCAAAGGAGAAGAUGGAGAUAAAUAUGCCCAGCUUCUAGUGGAAACAGACACUUUUGGCAGUCAAGUCCGGAUCAAAGGGAAGGAGACAGACUUCUACCUUUGCAUGAACAGGAAAGGCAAGCUAGUGGGGAAGCCUGAUGGCACCAGCAAGGAGUGUGUCUUCAUUGAAAAAGUCCUAGAAAACAACUAUACGGCACUGAUGUCAGCAAAAUAUUCAGGCUGGUAUGUUGGAUUCACCAAAAAAGGGAGGCCACGGAAAGGGCCCAAGACCCGGGAAAACCAGCAAGAUGUACAUUUUAUGAAGAGGUACCCAAAGGGGCAAGUGGAGAUACAGAAACCUUUCAAGUACACAACAGUCACCAAGAGGACUAAGAGAAUACGACCCACCAACCCCAGUUAAAAAUAGACAAAAACAGUGUCACAGUAAUAAACCA